AUGGAGGGUUGGCACUACAUGAAGGAGCACCACACUGGUUGCGUGUGGGACACCCGGCGCAAUGAGAGUGCUCCAGGCCUCCGGCUGUGCUUCACAGGAAACGGCCUUCUUGCCAUCGAUGUCUUCGCGCCGCACUCGCUUGGGAAAACCUCUUCUGUGAUUGUUUCUGACGUGGCAGCGCCCUUGUCCACAUGGGUUCACUUGGCCGUGCAACGAAGUGGCAAAGAUUUGGAAUUCUUCAUGGACGGAAAACUUGGUGGCAGAGCAGCUGUUCCGGCAGAGCUAACGGAUGAAGUGCUUCCCCAAAGUCGCAUCACGUUGGGUGGCUCGGUGGAUGGAGACCCACAUCGCAAACUCAAGGGCAUGGUGAGCAACAUGCGCCUUACAAGUGAUGCUCUCUACAACAAGUCUAAGCAGUUUGACAUUGAUCCCAAUCUUGACCAGCUGUUGAAGACACGAUUUCUCCUCAAGAGCCAUUUCAUGGAUGCAGUUUCAGGGCGGAGGAUGAGGAAAAGUGGAAAUGUCACCACCAGGUAUGAUGCGGAGAUUCUCAUGGAUACGUGGAAAGCAGAGGGCCUCAUCGACGACGAUCACAACUUCACGCCUCCAAUGAACAUGACGAGGGUAGAAGUGCUGCGUCGUUUGUUUCCUUUCGAAGAUCCCAUCUUUAAGACGGAAUUCUUGGGAGCUUUCUGCGCCAGGGUGGUUCUGCAGAUUCUCAAGGAGAUCACAACUAUCGAGGACCGGUUGAUGGAUGCAGUUCCACUUUGUGAUGAAACGGCCACCAGCCCGCAGUGCUACAAGGCGGUCAGCUAUGCCUUCCGACAAGCUGUCAGCAUUGGCCGGUAUGGGGCGGAGUUACAGCCUCGAUGCGUGCAAACCGUGAAUGAAGACUUCCGCGGGGACUUCAGGUGCAGCGAGCGGCUUGAAGGUCUUUCCUGGGCUUUGGACGGCUUCGCUUCACAAGUUGCGAAGGCCCGUCGCAUUUGCCAUGACAAUGACUUGAGCAGUCCCCUGUUGGACUUAGGAGCCUGUGUCGGCGAGUCCUUAUCAGCCACUGGUUACAUGUUUUCGGCCGCUCUUCUCUUGGAAUCUGCCUUGGGCUUCGAUUGUCCAAAUCCAGAAUUUGAUGAGGAGAGGCCUCUGACCGAGACGCUCCAACUCACUUGCGCGAGAGAUUCGACCGCCAUUUUUCGGACCACUUUCUUGGCAGGUUCAAAGGCAGUCAGGGCCGCAGGCCAUUGCGGCGGCACAGACACCCUCUGUGGUAGAAGCAUCCUUCGCAGUGCUGCUGCCCUCUCUGGGGUGGGAGAAACUGGAGUUUUCUUGCGAGUCUUUUGCCACGGAGCGACCCCUUGCUGCCAAAAGAAUCCUGACACCGACGAAAUCGAGUGCGAAUGCGAACCCAAGGAUAUCAUUGAGAACAAACGAGAUGACAAGGAUGAUCAGAAGCAAUGUGCCAGGUUCGGGGGUUCAACGGUGAAGCUCUUGGGCUCUGCUGCCCUGGCUGCAACUGAGGCAGAAGGCCAAUGCAAAUUCUCCAAGACAGCAGAAAGCACCUGCCAGACCACGGUGCCAGUAGCUAGGCUUGUCUUGCAAGAGCAUACGGCAUACCAAGAUAGCGCAAGAUGGUUUUGGAGUGUAUGCGUGUUUUUUUGA